AUGCAAGGUGUUAUUCUCUGUCAUUCGGAACCGUCGGAGUUGACGCAACUGUCUGUGGCACGGUCCUUUGCCCUACUCUCCUUCACUGGCUCCACUAUUCUGUCAGAUUUGAUUGGCAGAUUUAUAGACAGUGACAUAUCGGAUAUUGUUAUUACUCAUCACGCAUCACACACCACACAGUUUGAACAAUUCCUUAUGAGUCACCGUCUCCACUGGCCUUCAAAGUUGCGCGUUUCACUUUGUGCCCUACCACGUGACUGUUCUGCCAGUGAGUGCCUUUACCGAAUUCGGACUCAACUUAUAUUCGACUACAUUUUUGUCACUGGAUCAACCACAUUCUUGACCGAUUUGGAUUUGCGGCAGCUGUUUUUAUCGCUCCUGCGAACACGCUCCACUGCAGCGGCUGCCUUUUCCCCUUUGUCCGGAACAGACAGCAAACUUUUCGCCUCCUUACCACGGGAACUUGUACUCACAACACGAAAUGGGACAAAAGUAUUGGGCUACUUAGCUGCUUCAGAAAUCAAGAAAAAUACCAUCUUGUCGCGUAGUCUGACGACCAGGGGAGCGAGCGCUUUGGCUCGAAACGAUCUACGUGACAUUGGUUUUUAUUUGUUGUCUCGAUCAGCUUUGGAUACAAUUACACGUCUGCGUGAUGAUCCAGCGCACCGAAAGAAGUCCUUGUGGCAACUAUUGACUAUUCCUCCGUCGUCUGACAUCCACAACAGCCCUGCACUAGAUCCAAAAGAUGAAUCUGAGCCCAGUCCUUUUGAAGUGAGCAGACCGCACGGUACUUGCCUGUACGAACAUAAAGACAGGAAAAUAUCGGUCAGACUGACAGACCCGCUGCUGUUUUUGGAGGCCACUCGUGUUAAAACCGCAGCCCUUGGCCAUGAGGAUGUCGGAAAGAAGGCCACUCAGAAGGAUUAUAGCCAAAUCGCACCCGGCUGUCUAGUUGGUCCAAAAUCGGUGAUAUUGGGUAGUAUGAUCGGUUCUGGCUGCACUGUCGGCACCAGCUGCCGCAUUAUCAACUCGGUUCUUCUUUCUGGCGCCACUGUGAAAGACAACUGCAUCUUACAAGGCUGUGUAUUAGGAGAAAACGUGACUGUGGAGUCCCAGUGUAACCUGAAAAACUGUGCGGUUGCCUCAUCGCAGCGUGUCCCAGAUGGAACCCAUUUGGAGGCCGAACAGCUGGGUUUUACGGAUCCUGAGUUGGAAGUUACUCAGCCUUGACCGUGAACGCAGUUGCUUUUGGGAUUUAUGCUGCGGUCAAACUUACCUUUUUCUUUGUACAUUACCAUUAUCGAUUUUACUUAUCAUUUUGGAGGUGUGAAAUACAACUUUUGGAUUUUUGUCUCGUGGAUAUAUCUGUUUUACUCCAAUACUAUGCUGGAGAGCUCACCUUCAACACUGGUUCUGUGCUUAAUGAUACUGAUUUCCCAG